CCCAGCCUGCACUCUGUCCUGCUCUGAUCCCUCAGCAGCUGCAAUGCUCCAAUGCCAUCACUGCCAUUCUCACCACGAGAAUGUUGGUUCAGCUUUGUCUAUACGUUUACUGCAAGUGUCUGUGGAGGUUUCUCAAGUUUGUCCUCAGAAAAAUAACAGGAAAAUGUGAGCUGCAGAGAAUCUGCUACACUAGGAAACCUGGAGCUCAAAGGACUUUGAAAAUAGAGGCAUCAUUAAAGACCUCCAAGAAUGAACUACUCCAGUCUGCUGUGGUAACCCAUGUAGACGAUAUCGAAAGGACUGUUGAUAACAUCAUGCGACUGAAAAAAAUUAAUCCUGAUACCAAUCCACAGUUUGGGAUUUCUCUGCAGGCCUGUCUCCUACAGAUUGUAGGAUAUAGGAGAUUGAUUGCAGAAGUUGAAAAACUCCGCAAAGAUCAGUAUGAUUCAGAAAAUCCACACCAUGAAGAAACUCUGUUGAAGCUGUGGACUUUCCUUCGGCCUGAUGUAACAUUGAAUGGUCGAAUUAGCAAGCAAUGGUGUGAAAUAGGUUUCCAAGGUGAAGACCCAAAGACUGACUUCAGAGGAAUGGGGAUGUUGGGGCUAUAUAACUUAGUCUUUUUUGCAGAACAUGACAAUACAACUGCACGCCAAGUUCUUUUUGAUUCUCACCAACCAAAGUACAGGGAACUAACCAAAGAAGAUGUGAGCAAAAUGAAUACAAAGGAAUGGGAAAAGAAAAAAAAUGAUCAGGCAAUUGGGUGA